AUAGAGUCGACGACUUUCGGCUCUGAUUUCCUUAGCGAGCAAGAAACAAGUUUUUGAUGCGAUAAAAGUUUGGGAACCGAAGGGUCGCCUCACACUCUCCAUCUACUCAGAGAUUCAUUUCGGCCGUGUGCGUGUGGGUGUGCGAUUCUGUGCAUUUCGUUUCACGGGUUUGUUGAGGGGUCGGGCAGUGUUGAAUGGGGUUUGUUGCCACGCUUUGAGUGCCGUGGAAAACCUUUGUUGAGUUGGGGCUUCUUGGCUCAAUCGGUUUGAUUUUAGGGACUGUUUGGUAUCUGUUAAACCUCUGUUGCUGUGUUUGUAAGCAGAAGACGAGGGCGUAAAGGAGGGCUUCGUUUGUGGCUUUUUACUUGAACGCGACUGUAUCGAUGGAGACUUUCUCCACUUUGGUGAUUAAGGUCAAGUAUGGGGAUGUGCUUAGGCGAUUUAAUUCCCAAAUUGUUGAUGGGGAGUUGAAACUUACCGUCGAUGGACUAAGAAAGAAGAUCAUAACCCUUUUCAACUUAGAUGUUGAUGCUCAGCUGGUGCUUACUUAUAUUGAUGAAGAUGGUGAUCUGGUCACUCUUGCUGAUGAUGAUGAUAUCCGAGAUGUAGUGAAGCAGGGCCUGAAUCCUUUGAGGAUUACUGCUAAACUGUUUGCUGCAAAAGAAGGCUCGCAGGAGACACGUUCAGCAGGAAAUUCAACUCCUUUGAGCUCACCGCCUUUGGAGACACCCAUGCCAAAUACUAAUAUCAAUGAUUCCGGACUUCUGAGGAAUUUUCAGGAGCCUUCGCGGGAAAUGCUUGUGGGUUUGGCUUCCAAGUUGGCUAAUGUGGCAUCUGCAGCCUCUUCUUCUGCUCCUGGUGGUGCUGAGCUUGUGGACCAUUACAUACGAUUGGGAUUGUCUUAUUUGGAGCGCCGGGAAUCCCAGAAUGUGAAUGCCAGCCCGUUGAUGCAAAAUGCUGAUAAUGCUUUCUCUGAGCUUCUGAGAAAUGUUCCAGAGUCUAUGCGGGGAGUGGUUGCUAAAUACGUUUCCUUGAUUACAUCUUUGGCGGAUGGAUCAUCUUCCUCAGCACCUGGUGGAACUGAGCUAUGGGAUGCAUUAAAAACGUUGAUUUUAUUGCAAUUGGAUCAGAGGUCAGGGUCCCAGCCCCAGGCUGGAGUACAGUCUAGCACACAGACUGGUGGAGUUCCUGGAAGUGAAACUGCAGCAGAAACCAAGAACCCGGAACUCAAGGAUGAUCCAGCUGACACAUUAAAGAUGCCAUCUAAUUUGAAAUCUGAGCUAGCUUCAAGAAGUGAUGGGAGCUUGGACAAACUUAAAACUGAAGCUGCCAUGGAUAAUGAGGAUGUGAAUAUCCAUAGCGCAACAGGGGGACAGGCAGAGAAUCCAUUCUUCGACUUUAAGGCUCCGCUACUUGGCUCUAGAAAUACGAACACCAUGCAACCAAGUGACAGCACAUCAGUUAAUCCUGCCCCAGCUCCAGUUCAUCCCAAAUCAGGUGGUCUCGGAGCGGAUAAUAAUAAACAUAAGGGCAAGGAAGUUGUUGGAUCUCCUUCAAAUGAGAGGUCUAAUAUGCCAGUUCACUUGCCACAUGUCUUGCAUAGUGCUGGAAAGACUGGUGGAGUUGGUAUUGUAUCUUGUGAGUUUCCUUCAGUUGCAAACAUCCUUGCUAGAGACGAGGCUAAUAGACUAAAGGAACCAAUUGGAUCUGGACAUAAUAAUGUUAUUGUCUCUGAUCCUCGUCCCACCAUGAAUGACUGUCCAUUUUCUGGAAUAUCUAUGGAGAAUGUCUCAGCUGCCCCGCAUAUCCCUGUUGUCCAACAUCCGUUUAGGAGGAGCAUGAGUCAGAAUGAUGGCACUCAGGAUGUCUUCCAUCGUGGGGUUCGAUGUGAUGGUUGUGGUAUCCAUCCUAUAAUUGGCCCUAGAUUUAAGUCGAAAGUAAAGGUGGAUUACGAUUUGUGCAGCACGUGCUUUGCUAAAAUUGGAAAUGACAGUGACUAUACCCGAAUGAAUAUUCCUAUGGCCUAUAGGGGUCAUUUUCCUUUCAAGGGAUUUGCUGGGGCUCAUGCAAGGAACCGAAGGACAAAUCCACCACAGGUUUAUAGGGGAUGUAGAGUUAAGCCAGCCGCAGCAAAGCUAGACAGUUGCUUUGUUCAAGAUGUGAAUGUAAUUGACUUCACUGUCAUGGCGCCUUCAACUCCAUUUACCAAGAUAUGGAGGAUGAGGAACAGUGGUGCAUUUGAGUGGCCCCAAGGAACACAGCUAGUGUGGAUUGGAGGAGACAAAAUGAGCAAUGCUCUGUCUGUUGAAUUAGAGAUUCCCGCCAGUCUUGUGUGGAUGAAUCAGGAGCUUGAUAUCGCCGUUGAUUUCAUUUCUCCCAAGCAGCCAGGUCGGUACAUCUCCUACUGGAGAAUGGCGACGCCAUCAGGUCAAAAGUUUGGGCAGCGUGUUUGGGUUCUCAUCCAGGUUGAUGCUUCUCUGGAAGAACCUCCACUUGAAAAUAUUCGGAACUUGAACUUGAACUUACCCCCUGCAACUGCUUGCUCUGGCCCUGAAAUUAUUAAUGUCAAUGCUGAGCCAAUUGGAGUAUACAACCAUCCUGAAUCUGAAAGCUCGAAGAGGGUUCACGAAUUACUGCUACCAAACAACGAGCAGGAAUUGAGGUUCCCCAUUAACGAUAGCUUGUUGGUUGGCAACGGGGCAUCAAGCUCUGCCUCAGAUCCAAUUUCAUAUCCCAUCAUUGAUCUCUCCGAUGUAGCAUCAGCUUUCCCAUCAGAAGCUCCCCCGGAUAUUCAGGCAGUGAAGAUGCCGUCACUCUCUGCUGCACCUGUAGAAAGUCCUCUUCGGGUGCCUAUGCCAUCAUUCUCUGCCAGACCGCCGGUUGCAAGUCCACUGCCAUCUGAAGUGAACCUGGAAAAGGAUCAAAUUGAGGACAAACUUCUGAGGGAACUCGAGGAAAUGGGAUUCAAGCAGCUCGAUUUGAACAAGGAAGCUCUGAGGAUGAAUGAGUAUAACUUGGAAGAUGCUGUGGAUCAUCUCUGUGGUGUUACUGAGUGGGACCCAAUGCUCGAGGAGCUCCAGGAGAUGGGUUUCGAUGAUAGAGAAAUGAACAAGAAGCUGCUGAUGAAGAACAAUGGGAGCAUCAAGCGCGUCGUUAUGGAUCUGAUUGCCGGCGAGACUGAUUAGUAAGAUAUAUAUAUAUAUAUGUGUUUCUGUUAAUAAUCUUUGGGUAAAUAAAAUGGGAAUCUGGAAUUGAGGAGUUUGUAAUGGUUACUAAAUAUGCUGCUGCUGCUGCUAUAACUCAAUUUCAAUUUAUUAGUCUGUGGACAAGAACAAGAACAAAUCGUGUGUUUAUCUGUGUUUCUGUUUUACUUUGUUGAUGGUUGUUUCUGUCUAUCUAUCUAUCACUGAUUUGAAAUCGACCAUUAUAAUAUUAUCAUGCCUGGACUUGGACUUGUUUC